AUGUUGUCCAGAGUGUUGAGAUCCAAUGGGGUCUAUAGAAUAACCACUAGACCAGCAUUCACUGUCACCAAAAGACACUCCCAUAUCGAUGGUGUUCAUCGUAAUACAAAGGAUAACAACCCAACAAUCAAGUUUGAAUUCAAUCCUCAAAACCAGAAAGAAGUGGAAAAGAUAAUAGCUAAAUACCCAGAGCAGUACAAGAAAGCUGCAAUUAUGCCAUUGUUGGACUUGGGCCAACAUCAACAUGGCUAUUGUUCUAUCAGUGUUAUGAAUGAAGUGGCUAAAAUCUUGGAAGUUCCACCAAUGAGAGUUUAUGAAGUUGCAUCUUUCUAUACAAUGUUUCAUCGUAAACCAAUUGGGAAGGUUAAUGUUGGUAUAUGUACAAAUAUUGCUUGUGCGUUGAGAGGUGCUGAUGAUAUUUAUGAUGCAGCAAAGAAAUAUAUGAAGGAACAUAACGAAGAUGGAUUUUUCUCAUUAGAAGAAGUUGAAUGUUCAGGUGCUUGUGCAAAUGCUCCAGUUGCUGAAGUUAACAAUCUUUAUUAUGAAGAUUUGGAUAAAAGUAGUAUUAUUAAGGUCUUUGAAGAUCUUAGAAAAGGUCAAGGUAAACCUGGUCCAGUUGGAGGUAAAAGAACUUCUUGUGAACCUGAAGGUGAAAGAACCUCUUUAUUUGGUAAAGAACCAUUCGACGUCAAGACCGUGACUCGCUCUGAUAUCUAG